AUGCCUCCAUACGAGAGUCCGGGAAUCCUCAACAACUUCACCCCCAACGGACUCGCACAACCACAGCAAGGUCCAUUCGACUCCUUCGAGUGUACCCAGUGUCACUUCGCGAGCCUGGUCCGAGAAGAUACCGAGAAGCACGUCUGGUCCGCGAACGAGCCAUCUCCAAGACUUGUCAUCUGCCCGGCGUGCACGGUCUUUACGACUUGUCUGCUCGUAGAUCUCAUCGAGAUCGGUGGGCACUUGUACCAGUGUAUCGAAGCUCACAAGAUCGUUUGGCUGUUUGCGCAGCGUCAGUAUCAGAACGUCGGGACCUUGCAGCACUUGGAGCACGCCAUGAGGGAAGCCCUGUUUAGAGCGGAAGAUUACACUGGCCAGGCUUUGAUCUUCAACGCAAGAACUCGAAUUGCAGAGGUCGUAACGGAGCAGCCAGAGGGAUAUGGUCAUGCGAAUGCAUCGUACGAAAGUGCUGCAGCGCUUCCGGAAGGGCUGCCAGCUCAAAGCUGGGACGCGGUGGUUGGUGACUUCAACGACUACUUCGGCUAUGGCCCGUCCGAUGAACAGCUCGCCAUCAAUCCUUUUGAUAACCAGGGAUUUGGUGGAACGGAUGGACAGUUGACCCAACACGCUCAGGUGUCGCAAGAUUGGAACCAUCAAGGCAAUGCAUCGCUGCCUCCAGGCGAGACCUACUACGCCGAUGACACGAACAACCGUUACAACGGGAGGUAUGAUCAGCUCGGUACUAUCGACAAGGGUAGUGCGCAGCAAGGUGCGUUCAAUGAUGAGCCCCAGAACUACUAUGCACCAGCAACAUUUGGACAGCUACCAGGCCCACCAACUCCAUUGGCUACGACUCAGCAAGGAGUCUAUCAGGACUUCGUCAAUCCUUACGUUGGCGCCAAUGCCAGCAGCACGAUCGACGAAUUCAUCCGCGCACGGGGCGGCUCCAUGGAUGCUGGAAGUCGUGACCAAACUACAGAUGACAGCGAUCAAGCGCCACAAGAAGCGACAUUCGCUAACAAGAGCGCAUGGCAGUCUCGGUUUCCUGAGAUAUACGCAGAGGAACCAACAGCUGACGAGCAGCAGCAGGCUCUGGGCCUCGUCGCUUCGAGCGACUUUCAGAGCACCGCCGUCGCUUCGACACUGCACGUCAUCAACCAGACGAGGCAGACUGCGGACUCAGUCGUACAGCCAUCGGGUAGCAAGAAGAAGCCGGUGGCCAGACGCCCAAAACACAAGGCGCCGAGCUUCUUGGAAGCUAUGAAGGCGAAUUUUGCGGCGAAGAAGUCGCAAGAGGCAUCGCAGAAGGUAUCGCAGGAGACAUCCCAGGAAGCACUUUAA